AUGGUCAGCAGUAUAGAGGUCAGUAUGGAUCCCCACAGCACAUCCCAGCUCCCUCCUACCCCGGCCCCCCAGCGGCCUACAGCUUACAGGGAGGGGUGCGGCCUACCCCCCCAGCCUGGCUUCCAGGGAGGUGACAAGGGUGCAGCCUACCCCCCCCAGCCUGGCUUCCAGGGAGGUGACAGGGGUGCAGCCUACCCCCCCCAGCCUGGCUUCCAGGGAGUAACCCAGGUGGUGGUGAUGCAGCAGUCGCUGCUAAGAGACGUACCCGGCCAGAUGACGUGUCCCCACUGUCAGGUCCCGGUUCUGACAGAGACCACACACACCCCUGGACUGCUCUCCUGGCUCAUCUGUGGAGCCCUCUUCUGCUUCCUGUGCAUGAUAUUCUCUUGGAUUCCGUUCUGUGUUGACUCCUGUAAGGACGUAGAACACCGAUGCCCCAACUGCAAGAUAGUGAUCUACAUCCACAAACGCAUGUGAACAGACCUAGACCAGACACCUGCCACAAAGUGAUCCUUACCUAUAUUAAUCUAUUCCAGUAGUGUUGACCCUCUUAGGGAAACCGCAAACCCAGUUUAAUGCACCAGGAUUGGAAAGACAAUGGGCUCCUACUGUCUGUCGCUGAAAUCCCUGCUGCAGUGCCAGCGUUUCAUCUACUGGGAAUGUGUGAGAGGGUAUUAUUAUGGUCGUCAUUUACUAUAUCGGAAAAAUUCAUGAAAUCAAAAUGUACUUCUUGGUCUUAAUUUCAGGUUAAGGUUAGGUAUUAUGGUCAGCAGUGUGGUUAUAUUUGAUGACUUUGUGGCUGUGCCAGCUAGUGACCCCUCUACAGAGCUGCCUCCAGGGCAAGAUUCAUGACAAUAAGUAGGCAGCCAUACAAAUGUACGUGCAAAAACCACGUUUAAUAGGUUUUUAUACUAAUUGUAAUGAAGCUUUUAAAUUAACACAGAAUGCAUUGUUCUUUGCAAUGAAUAAUGGUCAAGUUUAUUGAUCGGUUGUUUACUUUAAAUGAUUGAUGAAUUAACAAGCAAUUUUUGUGUGUUUUUUUUUACCCCUUUUUCUCCCCAAUUUCAUGGUGUCAAAUCGUUGUUAGUAGCUACUAUCUUGUCUCAUCACUACAACUCCCGUACGGCUCGGGAGAGACGAAGGUUGAAAGUCUUGCACUGCUUCUUAACACAGCGCCAUCCAACCCGGAAGCCAGCCGCACCAAUGUGUCGGAGGAAACAUCGUGCACCUGGCAACCUUGGUUAGCGCGCACUGCGCCCGGCCCGCCACAGGAGUCGCUGGUGUGCGAUGAGACAAGGACAUCCCUACUGGCCAAGCCCUCCCUAACCCGGACGACGCUAGGCCAAUUGUGCGCCGUCCCACGGACCUCCCGGUCGCGGCCGGUUACGACAGAGCCUGGGCGCGAACCCAGAGUCUCUGAUGGCACAGCUGGCGCUGCAGUACAGGGCCCUUAAGAAUUAACAAGGAUUUUAAUCAUCUCAAUAAUGACUUUGACUUAUGAGAUGAUAAUGGUCAUUGUAUUAUUUUUUUCA